GUAGCUUCUCUUUGUCGACCCCACCAGGUUACUUAUUGGUUAAUUACAUCUUUCUUGAUUGGCUAUGCAUGAAGCUUCAUACCUCUUUCCCACUUUCACCCUUUUCCUAACCAAACAAACAUCCUCCAAACCACAUUGAUUCACAAACACACACAUCUUUCCUUUAACUUUCUCUUAAUCUCACUUCGUUACCUACUUACACUAAUCCCAUAUCAGAUCAAUCAAGAGUAAACAGCCUUCUUUGAGGCAUUUCGUCAAAUGGCUGGCAUGCUUCCCGGAGUUGAAAGUGCUAGAAGGAGGAGGAUACGUGGGAGUGGUGGGUGGUCUGAUCAGUCGUCUGUGGUUGGUUCUGGGUUGGGGUCUGCUAGAAUUAGAGUUUUCCAUGAUACCCAUGUCACACCCACUUCGUUGUUGCAAAGAAGCAUGGUGAAUCGAUCAGAUGAAGAUGACAAGUUAGGUGGGGCAGCUAGAGAAGCUAAAGAAAGGUUGGAUGGGAGGUUGAGAGGCCAUUUAAAACAAGAUAUUAAAAGGCAAGGCGGUCAAGAAACGUUAAGUAGUGUUGGAAGAAGGUUAAGUAGUACUACAACGGUUAUGGAAGAUAUGAAAAUGGAGAUAUUGAGGUCGAAAAAGAACGGGUUAAAGAGGCUUCGGUGGGGGAAAAAGUGGUUAAGAUGGAAAUCAUCUGAAGAAGAUGAAUGUGCAAUUUGUCUAGAUCGGUUUAAAGCGAGUGAGAAGAUAGCGCAACUUCCUUGCGUGCAUCGGUUCCAUUCUGAUUGUUUGUUACCGUGGUUGGAGGGUAAUGCACAUUGCCCUUGCUGCAGAGCAAAUGUUUUUGGUUCUAGUUGACCAUUUAAGUUGUUCCAACUUUGUUAUAAUGAUGUCAUUUGUAUAAAAAGUGAGAUCGUGUUUGGGUAAUGUGUAAGAACAAGGGUAGAGAAGUAGUUCUUGAAAUGUUAUUCAUACCAUUUUAUGAUCGUAUGAAUUUUGUGUUUACUAUGAGCCAAGUCAAUGCAAGGGUGGUGUUUUGGA